AUGGGUAGUUCGACCAAAAAGUCGACGAGACGCGGAGGAAGACGCGCGACAGUGGCGGCGGCGACGACUCCGGAACGCAAAGGCAAAGGCAUGGGAGGAAUGCUCAAGGAAACGUGGGACAAGACUGUCGGCAUGACGACACUGCUCAAGAGAUCCGCCACCACCGAUGACGCCACUGGUAACCACCAAAAGCAAGAUGAAGACGAAGAAGAAGAUCGUCCCACACUGGUACGCAACACCAAGACGGGCUCUCGACGAGACAUUUUAAGGGCGCACAAGUCUCAUUCCAGCAGCAACCUCAGUGGCAGUCUCCGAAACCUCAGUGGUCUCGUCAAGCAAACCGGAAUCACGACGCUCGCAGAACAGAUUCAAGAGGCCGACGCGGCGGAAGCAGCGUCUGUGUGCAAGGCACGACAAGAAAACAUUCGGUUACGACGGAGUCGACGCGAAAGUAUAACCGGGAAUCGAAGACGGAGAUCCUCCAGUGGGACUCGCAUGCCCAAGAGUAACAGCACCGGUGGUACUUCAUCAUCACAACAACAGCAUCAUCAUCAGGGACCUCCCAGCACGAGACGGGUCAGUACCAAGACUCUGCGACGAACUUCGUCGCACAAUCCAAAUGCCGGAGGUCCGGCCCUCAAGACGACCAAACAACCAAGUGGCAACAACAAGACCAAGCCUCUGCGACGUACCACAUCGUACGGUACCAUGAGCAAAAAGACGUUCAAGAUUGACGAGUAUGGUACUACUGCUGCGAACAGCAGUGAUGACAAGCCCAAAGAAACCAUGAAACGAGCCAACUCUCACAACGCCUUGUUGAAAAAGGCCAAGGAGCAACAGCAACAACCACAACAGCAACAAGGAGAGCUGGGAAACUCGAGCGGCAACAACAGCCAUGCUCACUCGGCAGCCCCAGGAAUGAGACGAACGACAUCUCAUGGUUCCACAUUGAAAAAAUUCUCCGGGGAUACCAUGGGCAUUAGUGCGAGUGAGAAUGCCAAAUGGACAUCGCGUCGCAGCAAGAAAACCAUCAAGCGGGCGUCCAGCCAGAGGGGGUUGCUCGGGUCUUCUUCGGAACCGACUCAAGAGAGUACCAAGACCACCAAGGAAGGAGGUAAUAGACGAAAGCACCACCACCACCACAAGUCGAUUCGUCGCACCACCUCGAGAGAUACUGUCGAAUCCUCUGCCAAGGAAGACUCGGGUGGGAGUGUCUCGUCGGGGUCCUCACCCCGAAAGAAUCAUAGGCGUGCCAAUAAGCGACCUACUGUGAAGAAGUCCAAGAGUCAAUCGACGCUCGGAUCGACCGGUGAUGACGGCAUUGUUGUUGGCACCAACGCCACCAACAACAGGAGGAAGAAGAAGGCUCCCACCAUGAAAAAGGCCAAGAGUCAGUCUUCCUUGUUCCUCAAGGCAAAGGGACAACGACGCACGUCCCGGAACAAACACAAGGAACAGGAUGACACACCAGUGUCUCCUCUGAGUGCGUUGAUCAAGGAUCGAUCGCCUCUCGAUUCACUCAUUAAUGACAUUGCGGCAUUGAAGGCGUCGGCCAACCGAGGCAACAAAUCUCUCGAGUCCAUCAUUCGGGACUUGGCAGUGACACCCAAGGCCGCAGUAUCUAUCGACCGUGAUACUACAGACGCAGCAGCCGAACUGUCGACACCCGACAAGUACAAGGCAACCUGCUGGGAUAGUCUCAUUGACAAGUUGAACAACAACAACAACAACAACACUCCGCAACAACAACAAGGACAUGUUGUCAGCGAUGUUCUUUCCACCAUUCAGUCUGUGGCGUCCAACAUGGAACUCAGUGUCGACGACGACAUCAAGUCAGAAGCAACUUCGAUAAUGGAGGAAGGCAAAGUCGAUGCGCUGCUUCAAGACAAGGAGUCUCUGAAUGCACUGAUUGAUGGCAUUGCCAAGUUGAAGGCAGGUGCCAACAAAAGGAGAUCCUCCCUGAAUUGCAUCCUGGCUGAUUUGGCACUCGGGGAUUCACCCAAGACGAGCACUGCCGCCAUUUCGUUGAUGACAAUGACGCCCAAGUCAACGGCGGCCGUGGUGGGCGGCGGGGUUUCACCGAAUGAACUGAUCGAGGACAGGACUACUAACGCGUUGGCUGGGCUGGGCGCGAAACAGAAGGUCUCACUGGCUGCUGAAAUAGGAUUCCUGGCUCCAUUGACCGAAUUGACGGAACAUAGCAGGGACACUACGCCCAGCUCUGUUGUUGUCAAAGCACAACAAGACAAGGACCUGAACGUGAAGCAAGGUGAAAUGGCGGAGAAGAAUGUUGCAUCAUCAGAAGAAGCAAGUCCAUUGUCAGAGAACGAACAAGGCCAAAAAGUUGAAAUCAUCUCGUUGGAGGAUGUCAUGGAAAAGGCGAGUUGUGAUGAUGAUGAUGAUGAUGAGGACCUUAAGAAUGCUAGUUUUGUGUCGGAAGACAGCACGAUUGCAUCCAUGGAAGCGGCUACUAGCCUGGACAUGGAGGAAACAAUCCAUCAGGCAGUGGAAAACGCCCUUCACCAAGCCGGCACAGUACACACUCGCAACCUGGACAAGCCCCAAGGAGAUGCAGCUGUCGCCCUAAAUGACCUUCUGGAUCACAUUCGAAACGAUGAGACCGACCCAAUUAGUCGUAGCGCCACUCUCGCGGCUGUAUCGGUGCUGACAAAGAGCAGCAAUGUUGCCGUGGGAAGCUAA